AUGUUAGAAUCAAUUUUAUUUGCUAUUUUUAUUUGGUCAUUAAUAAUUUUUAAUAUUAUUUUCCGUUCCACCCCACACGAAACCCAAACCAAUAGCCACACCCAAACCAAUAACCACACCCAAACCAAUAACCACACCAACAUCAAUAACCACACCAACAUCAAUAACCACACCCAAAUCAACAGCGACACCCACAUCAACAACCACAAAAUUAACGAAGCCACAAAUUCAACCCCAUUCGAUCAAUCCGCAAAAGAAAAAAAUAAUUAUGAUAGUACCUCAACAUUCCAUUAUUCCGCAUACAGAAACAUAUAUUGUUGUUCCGAACAUUAUAAUAGUCAAGACAAUUCUGGUCGUUCCGCAGUAGCUCAAGAAAUUUUAAGUCAUUCCCCAAAACAAUUUCUUGAAAAACACCAUGCCCCAAAGGAACCAUCACAACCAGAAAAUGUAUUUCCAUACUCACCAUUCGACCAUACCAGAGAAAGAAUGGAAAAAGAAAAUAUGGAAAUCUUUAAAAGGGAACAACAAAAAGAAAAUGAAUAUAUGGAACAAUUAAAAAGAGAAACCCAAGAAAAAGAACGUAUUGGAAAAUUAGAAAAAGAAAGAAAAGAAAGAGAACAUAAAGAAUCUUUGGAAAGACAAAGAUUAAAAAAAGAAAGACUAGAAAAAGAAAUUCAAGAACGUAGAGAAGCUUUAGAAAAGAAAAGAAUAGAAAAAGAAAAAAAAGAAAGAGAAAAAAAAGAAAAAGAACAAAAAGAAAGAGAAAAAAAAGAAAGAGAGCAACAAUUAGAACGUACCCAAACAUUAUUAAAAGAAACAUUACAAAGAGCAAUGGAAAGGGUACGUUUAGAAGAUUUAGAAAGACAAGAAAGAUUAGAAAGAGAAAGAUUAGAAAGAGAAGAAAGAGAAGAAAGAGAAAGAGAAAGAGAACAACAAUUAAGAGAACAACAAGAGAGAGAAGAAAGAGAAAAUCAAGAAAGAGAACAACAACAACAAAGAGAACAACAAGAAAGAGAAGAAGCAGAACGUAGAGAAAACCAAGAUCCUUGCACUAUUUGUAUGGACAGAAUUGAACCAAUCCAACUUACAGCAAUCGAUUGUAACCACAUGUUUUGUUACGAUUGCAUUAUGGAAUGGUCUUAUCGUCGUGAUAACACCUGUCCAAAUUGUAGAGCUCCAUUCUUUUCAGUAAGAAGAGUCAAUGGUUCAAUAAACGAAGCAAAUAUAGAGCAAGGUGAUCAAAGUCCACCAAUUUAA